AUGGAAGUCGCUCUCACUUUCGGCAGCCUAGGUGAUAUCAUAGCACUUUGCCAGCUCGCCAUACAACUUGGGCGAGCGGUCGGUGUUGGCGGGGUGGCGGCGAGAGGCGAAAGCGGUAAAGAAUACCAAAAACUUCGCAAUGACCUCGACCUCUUCAUCGCCAUCUUGACCGAGGUAGUUGCGACGUAUCAGCAGCACGAGCUCUCGCCACAUUUGCAGGGCCUCGAUCGCGUUUCCCAGUCGGUUGUUGAGAAAUGCACGACUCUCAUACAAGACAUGUUGGGCCAUUUGACGUCGCGCUAUGGCUCUUGUCUUUCUGUUCAAGGCUCAGGGUGGAUGAUGAGGGACGCGUACAAGCGUGUUGAGUGGUGCGUACGGGAGAAGGAAAGAAUCCAGAAUCUGCGGAACGGCCUUCAGGAGGGAGUGCAGACGCUGAGUCUAUUGACAAGUCUUGCUAUCAGAAAAUCUGCGCGGGUGGACAACGCUACCCUGCUUGCCCGUAUUGAUGAGGUGCAGCGCAUCUGUGGGCAAGCGCAUCAAGAGCAACGCGAUAUUUUGAAGUUGCUGAAGAAACAGCGCGCGGAAACGAUAUCUCAGGCAGAACAGCAAAUGCAAAAACUCGGCCAUGUCCAGGAUCAAGACACGUUUCGCGCUAUCACAGAAGUCAAGGGCCAUCUACAAUCUGUCUCACAGGUCAUUGUAGACAUACAAAUUGCCGCAUCCAGCGCAAUGCUCAUGCGCCCGCUGGACUCCACCAGAGGGCUUCCGGUCAUACUGGAAGACGCCCUCGGGCGGUCACUGGAGAUUCCCGCACAGUGGAUAGACACACUUGAGUGGAAUGUACUAAACGGGCUAUUGAUUGGCAAAUUCAAGGGCUUAAAGGGUGAAGAUAUGGUAUCAAGGAACGAGUAUGCUCUAGAGGAGAGUGCCACCGGGAAGGAUCUCAACACGGGGGUGCCGCUACACAGAUGUCUGCGUAGGGGUAUGCGGGUGUACAUGAGCAUGAUCUUCUACGACGCUGAAGUUGUUGCCGGUGCCUGUCCGCGCUGUCAUGCAGAAACGGACGCGCCCGAGGGUGUCAGCAUCCAGUGCCCUGUUUCUGACUGUGGCAUGUCGUUUCGUCUGGAGAAGCAGGUCGUUGAGAGCUUACCCCCGCAAGCAAUGCCUCAUAGCAUCCCUGCGGAAGGACUUACUCCCGCACCACCGAAAGUGGUAUCGGAGACUCGGAGCACGGAGGCCGAGUUUUCAGAACCCCCUUCGGCUGGCAGUAAUCAGUAUACAUCAGCACAGAGCCCUGAGCUGGACGAAAAGGGCCGCGGCGCAGAGUACACUGCCGCUGCUGCUGCCGUCCCUAUCACCACCAAGGCCCGCUACGCCUCCGACCUUUUCGACUCUAAGCUCCGUAGCGCGCACAGCGUCACCGAAGACGACUACCAAUGCAGAACCCCGGCUGGCUUUGUCGGAUACACACUCAGACCCUGGGAUGGUGAUGUCUACUCUACACGCACACACACGGAUGGUGACGUCUACUCUACACACACACACACGGAUGAUGUUAGCUACUCUACAUUCAUACGUACGGGCGGUGGUAGCUUGCAUAUUGGCAAGUCUAUACCUAGGCAUACGUACGGAUGA